GUCCUUCUGAACGGCGGGCGCAGCGGUGCGGCGGCGCGUGGGGCGGAAGCGCGGUCUCCGGCGGCCGACGGGGAGCAUUUGACUGAAUAAGCGGCAGCAUCAUGGAUACCGACUUAUAUGACGAGUUUGGGAAUUAUAUUGGACCAGAGCUUGAUUCUGAUGAAGAUGAUGAUGAAUUGGGCAGAGAGACCAAAGAUCUUGAUGAGAUGGACGACGACGACGACGACGACGACGUGGGAGAUCACGACGAGGACCACCCUGGGAUGGAGGUGGUGCUGCACGAGGACAAGAAGUACUACCCCACCGCUGAGGAGGUGUACGGGCCCGAGGUGGAGACCAUCGUGCAGGAGGAAGACACCCAGCCUCUCACCGAACCUAUAAUUAAGCCAGUGAAAACCAAGAAAUUCACUCUGAUGGAGCAGACAUUGCCUGUCACGGUGUAUGAAAUGGACUUCUUGGCAGAUCUGAUGGAUAACUCAGAGCUCAUCAGAAAUGUGACCCUCUGUGGCCAUCUCCACCAUGGCAAGACAUGUUUUGUAGAUUGUUUAAUAGAGCAGACUCACCCGGAAAUCAGGAAGCGCUAUGACCAAGAUCUGUGCUACACUGACAUCCUCUUCACGGAGCAGGAGAGAGGUGUUGGCAUCAAAAGCACUCCAGUGACGGUGGUCUUGCCAGAUACCAAAGGAAAAUCUUACCUCUUCAAUAUCAUGGACACUCCAGGACAUGUGAAUUUUUCUGAUGAGGUCACGGCGGGUUUGCGCAUCUCAGAUGGAGUUGUCCUCUUCAUCGACGCUGCUGAAGGGGUGAUGCUGAACACAGAGCGGCUGAUCAAGCACGCGGUACAGGAGAGGCUGGCGGUCACCGUGUGCAUCAACAAGAUUGACCGGCUGAUCCUGGAGCUGAAGCUGCCCCCAACUGAUGCUUAUUAUAAGCUGCGCCACAUCGUAGAUGAGGUCAACGGACUAAUAAGCAUGUAUUCCACCGACGAGAACCUGAUCCUGUCCCCGCUCCUGGGCAACGUCUGCUUCUCCAGCUCCCAGUACAGCAUCUGCUUCACGCUGGGCUCCUUUGCCAAGAUCUACGCCGACACCUUCGGUGACAUUAACUAUCAGGAAUUUGCUAAAAGACUCUGGGGUGACAUCUACUUCAACCCCAAAACACGAAAGUUCACAAAAAAGGCCCCAACCAGCAGCUCCCAGAGGAGCUUUGUGGAGUUUAUCUUGGAGCCUCUAUAUAAGAUCCUCGCUCAGGUGGUGGGUGAUGUGGACACCAGCCUCCCCAGGACCCUGGACGAGCUUGGCAUUCACCUGACCAAAGAAGAGCUUAAGCUGAACAUCCGCCCCCUGCUCAGGCUGGUCUGCAAAAAGUUCUUUGGCGAGUUCACAGGCUUUGUGGACAUGUGUGUGCAGCAUAUCCCCUCUCCAAAGGUGGGCGCCAAGCCCAAGAUUGAGCACACCUACACCGGUGGGGUGGAUUCUGAUCUCGGCGAGGCCAUGAGUGACUGUGAUCCUGAUGGUCCCCUGAUGUGCCACACCACCAAGAUGUACAGCACAGAUGAUGGAGUUCAGUUUCAUGCCUUUGGCCGGGUGCUGAGUGGCACCAUCCAUGCCGGGCAGCCUGUGAAGGUGCUAGGGGAGAACUACACCCUGGAGGAUGAGGAGGACUCCCAGAUAUGCACCGUGGGCCGUCUUUGGAUCUCUGUGGCCAGAUACCACAUUGAGGUGAACCGUGUUCCUGCCGGCAACUGGGUUCUGAUCGAAGGUGUUGACCAACCAAUUGUGAAGACAGCGACCAUAACUGAACCCCGAGGCAAUGAGGAGGCUCAGAUUUUUCGGCCCUUGAAGUUCAACACCACAUCUGUUAUCAAGAUUGCUGUGGAACCAGUCAACCCCUCAGAGCUGCCCAAGAUGCUAGACGGUCUGCGCAAGGUCAACAAGAGCUAUCCAUCCCUCACCACCAAGGUAUGCUCAGGAGGUAGUGCCAAGGGAACCUCAGAAUUCCCUUUGGCAGAAGGCUGUCCUUCCAACAAAUUUAGAUCUUGCCUAACAGUUUAUUCUGUUUCCCAGGUGGCUGAUCCUGUGGUCACGUUUUGUGAGACGGUGGUGGAAACAUCUUCCCUCAAGUGCUUUGCUGAAACGCCCAAUAAGAAGAAUAAGAUCACCAUGAUUGCUGAGCCUCUCGAGAAGGGCCUCGCCGAGGACAUAGAGAAUGAGGUGGUCCAGAUCACGUGGAACAGGAAGAAACUGGGAGAAUUCUUCCAGACCAAGUACGAUUGGGAUCUGCUGGCCGCACGUUCUAUCUGGGCUUUUGGCCCUGAUGCCACCGGCCCCAACAUCCUGGUGGACGAUACCCUGCCCUCUGAGGUGGACAAGGCUCUUCUCGGCUCAGUGAAGGACAGCAUCGUUCAAGGUUUCCAGUGGGGAACCAGGGAGGGGCCCCUCUGUGAUGAGUUGAUUCGAAAUGUUAAGUUUAAGAUCCUGGAUGCAGUGGUUGCCCAAGAGCCCUUGCACCGAGGCGGCGGCCAGAUCAUCCCCACGGCCAGGAGAGUCGUCUACUCCGCCUUCCUCAUGGCCACUCCUCGUCUGAUGGAGCCUUACUACUUUGUGGAGGUCCAGGCCCCUGCGGAUUGCGUCUCUGCGGUGUACACCGUCCUGGCCAGACGCAGGGGGCAUGUGACUCAGGAUGCACCGAUCCCAGGCUCCCCUCUCUACACCAUCAAAGCUUUCAUUCCCGCCAUUGACUCUUUUGGCUUUGAGACUGAUCUGCGGACUCACACCCAGGGGCAGGCCUUUUCCUUGUCUGUUUUCCACCAUUGGCAGAUUGUACCCGGUGAUCCUCUGGACAAGAGCAUUGUCAUCCGCCCCCUGGAGCCACAGCCAGCUCCUCACCUGGCCCGGGAAUUCAUGAUCAAAACCCGUCGCAGAAAGGGACUGAGUGAGGAUGUGAGCAUCAGCAAGUUCUUCGAUGAUCCCAUGUUGCUGGAGCUCGCCAAGCAGGAUGUUGUGCUCAAUUACCCCAUGUGAGUGUCGGGACACCCGGCAGCCCCUGCUCCUUGCAGUGGGCUGUAUCCUGGACUUGAAGCUGGGACCUGGUACGACCUGGACUCUGUCAGAGAGCGUCUGGGAGCUGCUGUGGCCAUUUUUAACAACCUCAAAGCCUCCAACCCAGAGUCCCAGCGAGGGAGGAGUAUUUGGCCUCCUGGUUUCUGUGCGGCCUCUGCCUGGCUCCAUUCCCAGGGAACAGAGAAGAGCUCAGGCUCAGAGAAGAAGAGGGGGACAGAGUGUUUAACCCCAAGGGGCCCUGUCUUCAGGAUUUACAUGGAAUUUCUUUUUUUUUGUUUUGUUACAAGUUUGACCUUAGACAUGGAUUUUUAGUGAACAGAACAUUCUGACCUCUGCCUUGCUCUGUUCCUUUCAUCCCUACCCCCUGCCCCCUUUCCUCCAGCACAGUCUGGUCCUGUCACUUGGGUUCUGAAUGAAUAUAUGUCAUCUCCUGUGAGGCUU